UCCACAACCCCCCCAGGAGGGAGAAUCAGGGGCGCAACGACCCCUCCCACAAUGCGACCCCCAAACAUCCAAAACAACCCCAAACUUUAGAACAAUUUGGGGGGGGGUCCCACCGCACGCCCCCCACCCCAAAUCCGCAGGGCUGGCCCGGAGGAGCUCACAACCCCCCCGUGAGGGGUCCCGAGUGGGGGGUGAGACCCCCGUGUUGUUUUUGGGGAGGGGGUUUGGGGUGGGACCCGUCCCCUUUAAGGCCGCUCACCUGGGCAGGUGUGACCCCACCCACUCACCUGGGCAGGUGACAAAGGAGCCGCCAUGGCCGCGUCCGCGAUCUUCAUCCUGGACCUCAAGGGCAAGCCGCUGAUCAGCCGGAACUACAAGGGGGACGUGGGUCUGGGGGCGAUCGAGAACUUCCUGGGGGUCCUGCAGCAGCGGGAGGAGGAGGGGGCGCUGAGCCCGGUGCUGAGGCACGCCGUGCACUUCCUGUGGAUCAAACACGCCAACCUCUACUUGGUGGCCGUCACCAGGAAGACGGACGCCUCCCUGGUGUUCUCCUUCCUCUACAAGGUGGUGGAGGUGUUCUCCGAGUAUUUCAAGGAGCUGGAGGAGGAGAGCAUCCGCGACAACUUCGUGGUGAUCUACGAGCUGCUGGACGAGCUGAUGGAUUUCGGGUUCCCCCAGACCACGGACAGCAAAAUCCUGCAGGAGUACAUCACCCAGGAGGGGGCCAAGCUGGACACGGGGAAAUCGCGCGUGCCCACCACGGUGACCAACGCCGUGUCCUGGCGCUCCGAGGGGAUCCGCUACAAGAAGAACGAGGUGUUCAUCGACGUCAUCGAGGCCGUCAACCUGCUGGUGAGCGCCAGCGGCGCCGUGCUGCUCAGCGAGGUGCUGGGCACCAUCCGGCUCAAGGUUUUUCCUGUCGGGGAUGCCCGAGCUGCGCCUGUGGGCUCACGACCGAGUCCUGUUCGAGCUGACGGGCCGGGGGAAGAACAAGUCGUGGAGCUGGAGGACGUGAAGUUCCACCAGUGCGUCCGUCUGUCCCGCUUCGACAACGACCGCACCAUCUCCUUCAUCCCCCCCGACGGCGACUUCGAGCUCAUGUCCUACCGCCUGCACACCCAGGUCAAACCGCUCAUCUGGAUCGAAUCCAUCAUCGAGAAAUUCUCCCACAGCCGCGUGGAAAUCAUGGUCAAGGCCAAGGGUCAGUUCAAGAAGCAAUCGGUGGCCAGGGUGGAGAUUUCCGUGCCCGUGCCCAGCGACGCCGAUUCGCCCAAAUUCAAAACCACGGUGGGCUCGGCUCGGUACGUCCCGGAACGGAACGUGUUGAUCUGGAGCAUCAAAUCCUUCCCGGGGGGGAAGGAGCAUCUGACAGCCCACUUCGGGCUGCCCAGCGUGGAGAAGGAGGAGGGAGGGGAGACCCCGAUCGCCGUGAGAUUCGAGAUCCCCUAUUUCACCGUGUCCGGCAUCCAGGUGAGGUACAUGAAGAUCAUCGAGAAAAGCGGGUACCAGGCGCUGCCCUGGGUGCGCUACAUCACCCAGAGCGGGGAUUACCAAAUCCGCACCAGCUGAGGGGGUCCCCCAAAGACCCCCCCGACCCCCAGGGACCCCCGCGGACCCCUCCCCA